AUGGCGCUCAGUCUUGCAUGGUUCAUCAUAGCCGUUUUAGGUUUUGUUAAUUUAACACCAUUAAUUUCACUGGAAGAGGAAUAUCAGUUCAAACAGUGGAUAUCACAGUACAGCAAAGUUUAUGACACUGAGGAGUAUUACCAUCGACUGCACAUAUUCACUGAGAAUAAGAGGACCAUCGAUCACCAUAAUGCUGGGAAUCACUCCUUCACAAUGGGCCUGAAUCAAUUCUCAGACAUGACAUUUGAAGAAUUCAGGAAAUCCCUUCUUUUGAGAGUGCCUCAGAACUGCUCAGCCACUAAGGGGAAUCACGUCAGCAGGACUGGUCCUUAUCCUGAGUUUGUAGACUGGAGGAUAAAAGGCAACUUUGUGACUCCUGUGAAGAACCAGGGUCACUGUGGAAGCUGCUGGACGUUCUCUACCACUGGUUGUCUGGAAUCAGUAAACGCUAUCGCCACUGGGAAGCUAAUACCUCUGUCAGAGCAGCAGUUGAUCGACUGUUCCAAAGACUUCAACAAUUAUGGAUGUUUGGGUGGGCUCCCCAGCCAGGCUUUUGAGUACAUCAAAUACAACAAUGGACUUAUGACAGAGGACGACUAUCCCUAUAAAGGCCAUGAUGACACUUGCCAUUUUGAGCCCACACUUGCAGCUGCUUUUGUCCUAGAUGUUGUCAACAUAACAAGUUAUGAUGAAAAGGCAAUGGUUGAUGCUGUGGCCCGGCUCAACCCUGUUACCUUCAGCUUUCAGGUCACAGCUGACUUUGUGCACUACAAAGAAGGUGUUUACACCAGCACCCAGUGUAAGAACACAGAGGACAUGGUGAAUCAUGCGGUCCUGGCUGUGGGUUACGGUGCCGAAGACAAUGGCAUGCUGUACUGGAUUGUAAAGAACUCUUGGGGCACAGGUUGGGGAAAGGACGGAUACUUUUUGAUUGAGCGAGGAAAAAACAUGUGUGGACUGGCUGCAUGCUCUUCCUACCCUCUUCCUUCUGUUUAA